ACCAUAUUGUGUUGUAGUUAUAUCCGGAUGUACAUUUUUUGGGCGUACUACGCCAUGUGUCGAAAAGUCAAAUUUCACUUAAAGAAUUAAUAAAAUAUUUAUUUUUGUGACAAUCACGGUACAAUGACUCUUACAGGAUGGCGAUUAUUUUUGAACAAAGCUACGAUCAUCCCUCAGCGCUACUUGAUAGGUCUGUUGGGCCUAUUCGCGCUGGCUAAUUCCUUCACGAUGCGAGUCUGUCUAAGCACUGCUAUCGUGCGGAUGGUGUCCCAAGUCGCGUCAGACAGUGAGAUCGUGGGGGAAAUAUGCCCUGACCCUGAUAUUGGCAUAUCUGUCGGAGGCAGUAAACUCAGAACGACUUAUUUGCACCUGCCUAGUCAAUUUUUGUAAUUCAUAUAGGGCCCAGUUACCCCAGCAUUUGUACUUCUUCUCGCACGGUGGGUGCCCCCAUCGGAACGCUCUAUCUUCGGCGCUAUGAUUUUCGGCGGGGCGCAAGUCGGCAACAUCCUGGGACCGUUAAUAUCGGGGCAGUUGCUGGCAGACGGCGGGCAUUGGGAGAACGUUUUUUAUGUUUUUGGCGGGCUUGGUAUGAUUUGGUUUGUGUUUUGGGCUCUUCUAAGCUACAGCACUCCUAACGAGCAUCCCUUCAUAUCAGACUCCGAGAAGCAGUAUCUGAACGCUAACGUGGCAGCGUCAGGGCUUCACAAGAAACUGGACCCGGUGCCUUUCAAGGCCAUCCUGCGGUCGGCACCGCUUUGGUCUCUUGUAUUGGCUGCUGUUGGUCACGACGCGGGCUACUUUACAAUGAUCACAGACUUGCCCAAGUAUUUCUCGGACGUGCUCAAGUUCAACAUUCAGGAGACAGGGUUGAUGGCUGCUCUACCCUACUUUGCGAUGUAUUUGUUCUCGUUUAUUUUCGCCGCUUUCUGCGAUUACUGCAUCAGGAAAAAGUUGCACAGCAUCACAACCGGCAGAAAGAUUUAUACUACUAUUUCUUCAACAUUACCAGCAAUAUUCAUUAUUCUGGCAUCGUACUCGGGCUGCAAUCGCGUUUUGGCUGUCAUCUUCUUCAUUGCCUGCAUGGCGUUCAUGGCAGGUUUCUACAGUAGCGUUAAAAUUAACGCCAUGGACAUUGGCCCCAACUACGCGGGCACAUGCUCUGCAUUUGCCAAUGGGCUGGGUGCUGUAUCGGGUAUUGUUACCCCGUACUUGGUUGGACUUUUGACGCCUGAUCAAACCGUGGAACAAUGGCGUCAAGCAUUCUGGUUCAUAUUCGUCGUGUUAGUAGGUACAAAUAUCAUCUAUCUCAUCUGGGGGUCAGGAGAACAGCAAUGGUGGGAUGACGUGGAGAAGCACGGCUACCCCUCUGGGUGGAAACACGGGGCGUUGACGAAGAACUACACCGUCAAAAGGAAAGUCGUCCGUCCUAAACACGAUCACUCGCCCGUCGUGGCUAAUAGGAACUGAGAAGAUAAAUAAAUAAGAUUUAAAGCUAAGCUAUUUCAAAAACUUUUUGCCGCCUUCUUCCACAACGAUAAAACAGUUUUAUUUUUCUUUACUUAUUUUUUUUUAAAUUAUAUCUGGCC